AUGCGACGAUCAAAACAUUUCAAAGGUGGAAAGUUUAACACUGUUAUUCAUUGUGUGCCCCAUCAGAAUGCUUGGAUAGUUGAACGGAUGGGACGUUUUCAUCGAAUUUUGGAACCUGGUGUCCAUUUUCUAAUUCCUUGUGUUGAUGAAAUUCGUUACCGUCAUUGUUUAAAAGAAAUGUGUAUUGAAAUUCCACAACAAGAAGCUAUUACUAAAGAUAAUGUCCAGUUAGACCUAGAUGCUGUUUUGUAUGUUAGAGUUACUGAUCCUUAUAAAGCUUCUUAUGGUGUUCAAAACCCAGAAUAUGCUAUAAGUCAAUUAGCCCAAACAGUAAUGAGAGCAGAAGUAGGCAAAUUAAUGCUCGACAAUGUUUUUCAUGAAAGGGCUAAUUUAAAUAUGACUGUUGUUGAAGGAAUAAAGGAAUCAGCAGCUCCGUGGGGUCUGAUUUGCCUUCGAUAUGAAAUACGUACAAUGACUAUGCCGCCUGAAAUACAGCGGGCAAUGAAAAUGCAAGUCGAAGCUGAAAGAAAAAAGAGAGCAAUGAUUCUCGAAUCUGAGGGUAUUUGUGAGGCUGCAAAAAAUAAAGCAGAAGGAGAAAAGAGUGCGCGUAUUCUUCAAUCUGAAGCUCAAAUGCAAGAACAAGUAAAUAAAUCUAUGGGGUUGGCUAAAGCUGCUGAAGCUGAGAAAAUACAAAAAAUAUUGCAGUCUGAGGCUGAAAUGCAAUCUAAAGUAAAUAAAUCGGUUGCAUUAGCAAAGGCAGCGGAAAGUGAAAAACUUUCCCAAGUUGUUCUUGCGGAGGCUGACAGAGAUUCACAAAUUAUUCGAAGUGAGGGGCUGGCUAAAGCUAUUUCAAUUGAACAUGAGGCUAGAGCAACUUCUCUUGAAAGAAUGGGACAAGCAAUUCAAAAUUCUGGAGGGUCAAAUGCCGCCGCUUUUUUGACUGCCGACAAUUUUGUCAAAGCUUUUUCAAAAUUGGCAAAAGAAUCAAACACUUUAAUUAUUCCUUCUAAUCCUUCAGACAUUGGGGGUGUUGUAACACAAGCUUUGUCUAUUUAUCAAAAAGUUGCUACACAACAAAAAAAUCCUUUACCUAAUUAA